CUCUGUACAGGUAAAUCUAAAAUGACAUGAGGUUUCGUCCGUUCACUUGCAUAAUUAAAUGCUAGUGAUACUAAACUAUUUGAAGUUAGUUUACCUGUGCUUGCCAAACCGCGUGGACGAAAAUAUUCUCCGAUAGCGAUUUUUUUUUACCCAACCACAGAGCGCUUCGUUCUGAAUAGAAUUUACAGUUGUGAUUUACUUUAAAAUUGCGUUGACGGUUUACGCUAGUAAAGAAACAUAAUUUUUAUUGAGGAUAUUAUUACGAUUACUUGAAAACUUGACAAAAGCAACAAACAUAUAUAUUAAUAGGAAUAUAAAGAAUAUAUUGUGUAACAAUUGGAUAUACUAUUAACAAUUAAUAAACAAAAUAUUAUAAACAAAUUAGGAUUUUUGUGAACACAUAAGCUUACAUAUUACAUGUGAUAAGAAAAAAAAUACAUUCGCAAAAAUAAAAUGUGAACAUACUGAAUUGGAUUUAUAUUAAAAAGGAAAUUAAUAUCAGUGAUUUCGUGUUUAUUAAUUUUGUGAAUUAUUAAAUGUGCUGACGAAUUUGUGAUUUUUGUCAAUUUCAGAAACUAUCCAUCAUGUUAGCAAGGUUAUACAUAUAUCUUUUAGCUUUUUUGAGUAUUGGAUAUACUUAUGCGAGUGUUUGCGUGACGAAUGGCCCCUUGGGCAUGAUAACGGGUGCAAUUCAGAACUGGCAGAUAACAGCAUCGUCCACGUAUCCUAAAGAAUGGGAUAAGAAAUGCAGUGAAAAAUAUGCACGUGUCUAUCUUCCAAACAAAUAUGGCUGGUGUUCUAAAUAUAAAUCGUCGUCUGAAUGGCUGAAGAUUGACCUUGGAGUUGCGGCAAGGGUGACUGGUGUGAUGACACAGGGUAGAGGUGACGGCAAGGAAUGGGUGACGUCUUUUAAAGUUUCGUAUAGUAUGGACGAUUACAACGAGGCGUACGUCACAGACCAGUAUGAAAAUCACAAGGUUUUUGAGGGUAAUACUGAUGCAUUCUCAAUUAAACAUACGUACUUAGACAAACCAGUAAUAGCACGUUACAUCAAAUUCCAUACAGUCCACUGGCACCGGCAUCCGAGUAUGAGAGUUGAAGUCCUUGGGUGUCAGCUUUGUAAAGAACAAAUAGGACUGCCCCCUUAUGGCAAAAUCCGAGCUUCAACGUGGGCUAAAAGUAGAAAGAAGAGUUCUUGCCAGCCUGAAGAUGGGAAUAUCCUCAGCAACAAAGCAUGGUGCGCAAAGAAACAAAACGAACACCAGUGGAUAGAAAUAGAUGUCGGACCGCCCACCCUUAUAACAGGGAUUUUAACUAAAGGCAGAGCAGAUAGUAAAAAACAACACUGGGUUACCAGAUUUAAAAUAACUUACAGCAACGACUCCCAAGUCUGGUACCAGUAUAAAGAUGCCCAUAAUGCGGAACCCAGGCCUCUGAAUACAUGGUUAUGGACCCGAUAUAACUCGUCCUCUGCGCAAUUAAUUCCUGACAUUUACACGGAUGACGGCCUGCUUUUCGGAGGAAAUAAUGAUAAAAAUACAGAUCGUACACAUUACAUUAAUUCACCUUUCGUAGCAAGAUAUGUACGUUUCCAUCCUUUAGAAUGGCAUGGGAAAAUAUCAAUGAGAGUUGGACUUCUAGGCUGUCCACAUACAGGUUCUUGUGGCGAUCAGUUCAUGCGUGUAAACGAAGACACCCCUUGUGUUGAAAAUUUAGCAUUUAAAAAGGAGGCUUGGAUAAACAGCAAGCGUCAUUAUAAAAGACACAUCCGUAACAGAAUCACUCAAGGACAUGCAUCAAGGGCAGUAGACGGAUUCAUCGACCAGGAUGUUCACCGGUGCACCAUCUUAGAUAAUAUUUAUGGAGAUAAUCCAGUUUGGACGGUUGAUUUAGGACAUAAUGUUGACGUUUCGGGUGUUGUUAUUUAUACCUGGCAAGGAUUUGAUGAGAAAAAAGAUACAGCAACAUCAGAACAUUUAAAUAAUUUAGAUAGACUAGUAAUAUAUGUCGACGAUAAGUCGAAAGGAGACGAUGAUUCGAGUGUGACUGGAAAUAUGUGUGGUUACAUAACAAAAAUAAAUGGUGCUUUAUCUUCAGACAAAAUACACAUGCAAUGUGUACGACCGCAAAAGGGACGAUUUGUAUUGAUAGAGGCGUGGGGUGCGUCUAAUAGUUAUAGUAGACUUUUUAGUGCGGUCCUGUGCGAGGUGAUGGUAUAUGCAUGAUAAAUACUCAUAAAUCCAAAUGUAUGACGUAACAAUCAUAUAUUUUUCAUGACAGAGAAUGUGAUAUUUUUUUAUCGAUAUGACGAUUUUUUUUACUUUUAUACAUUAGUGGCAAAUAUAUCCAUUUUAAUAUGGAAUAUAUCUACAAACGUGAGGGAGUUUGAAAACAUAUAUAAUAAAGCACCAUGUGACAUAUGAUGUCAGACAGAUUUCGAUUUUCGUGUAGACACGUGACAUACAAGGUUGACUGGACCAAUCUUACAUAUAAAACGCCUAGUACUUCGUAAAUACCUCAUAUGAGAUAAUUAUAUUGUAUCAAAUAUACGACAUUUAAGUUAUCCCUCACUGUGCCAACACGAUAGCAGAAUGGAUAGUUUCGUAGAAAGCUUCAAGUACAUAAAAAAACUGGUACGAGUUGUACGCCAAAUACAGCUAGAGAACCAGUAGAAGUUUACAAAUACAUUACAAAUGUUAAAGACACAUUUUAUAGUGUAUAAGAGAUGAAUUGUGUUCAUUAAACAUUACUUAAGUAUAUACAUUAUAAAAUUAUAGUUCAUCUGGUGAGAGUCGGUUUGAUGAAACUUGUUAGUAUGAAAUAAUCAUGAUGACAAACAAAUAUUAUUAUAUAAUAAAUUUCAUUAUUAUAAAUAUGAUAAUAAUAUCAUCCAGGUAAAGAUAUGUAGUUUGUUAUAUGUCUUUGAGAACCUAAGUGCUGGACACGUGGAUAAUCACAUGACAUAUUACAAAAGCAUGUGAUAUCCUCAUGGAAAGAAACUAUGUUAUGUUCCAUAAUAUUGUAUAUUGAAAACAUCCCAUGUUCUACAAUAAUUAAUAAUUUAUACAAAACGAAUUUUAGAUUUCGCGCCGCUCUCAAGCAUUUCUUCAAAGCUCUGUUUAAUAUCCUUACAAUGUGUACUUCAUUAAAAGUCAUAUUUAUCAAUAUUAUGAAAUUGAAGCAAAUUGCAUAUAAUUACUUUGAUAUUUAUCGUGAUGAUUUACAGUUUGUAGUGUGAAUAAACAAAAACAAAUAAUUUAAAAAUAUAAAUAUUCCUUGUAGUAAUAUGGGACAUGAAUCUCAUUUGAAAUCUUUUCAACUUAUCUACUUUAAAUUUUAAAUUUCAAAAUAAAGCAAACAAACAUGUUUCAAUUGAAUAAUAUUUAUUUUUAUUUAAAGACAAUAACAUUUAAAGUUUCUUCAAAUUACAUGGACGGACUAUUCUAUAUAACAGGGUAUAUGUAUCCGCACUGCCUAAGUUGUAAAACUGUUUACGAGAAUUUAAGGGUAAUAGUUUUCAGAUAAAGUAAGAAUGCACUUAGUGAUGUUCAGGUUCAUACAUUCAUUUGAUUCAAGUGUUAGACCUUUUUGACGCACCACGUAUAUAAAGGUGAUAAUUUCAAACUAUGUUCAACCUUGAACAAUCUUUUAUUGAGGGUUUCUUUUUAGUGUUAAAAUUUAUCUGUGGUGUGACACAAACAAAUGCAAAUUGCAUGACUCUUUGUAUAGAUGUAAUUUAGACAACCUUAAGUGGUUUCAAAUUUUAUGUACUUUUUGACGAUUCAACUUUUUUAAAGAACCAAUAUAAGCGUUUGAAGUGAAGAAUAAAUUGACUUGCUUGUAAUAUAUACAAGGUAUUUUUUGUUUUUUUGUUUAAACGUAUUUAGGUCAACAGUUUUCCUUUUUUCGGUCUUUUUCUGUCAUUUAAAGUCUGUUUAAAGUUUAGGUUCUGUAUUUCAGUAUUUGUAGUUGUAAAUUUUGUCUUUGGAAAUGUAGAUCUACGAUUGUGUGAUAAGAAAUAAUUGAAAGAAGAAAUAACAUUUUUGAUCUGAUCUUUGUACACAUAUUAGUUUAUGAACUUAAUGCUUGUUUUCAACUUCCAGAAUAUCUUGCUUUACUAGCAAACUGUGCGCUAGUGAUAAUAUGCGUAUACGUUAAACUAUUUCUUACAUAUCCAUCUGUUGUCAUUAAGUCCUAUAGUCCUAAGACUUAAUGAUAUAAGUAAGAAACACAUUACCUUCUUGGUGUCUUCAAGGACCAUGAUUCAUCAACAAAACAUAAUAAGUUCAUAAAAGUAUUUCAUAUUUUGAAUAGAAUCUCAGAGAUGCCUAUAGGAACAAGACAUGGUGUAUAUAUUUCGUUUAAAAUAUCGUUUGUGAUGAUAUUACUAUAUUUAUUGAGUGUGUUUGCAUCAACUUAUUCUUGUAACUUGGUGUACAUUUCACUUAUCAUUUGAUGUCUGAUAUAUAUCAUUCAAGAACUGUAUAAAUGUACGUUAAAGUAGCUCCAAACCGAGGUUAUCGGUAAUGCACAUACAUAGCAUUGUUGACGUAUAGAAAAUCAAGAUGAAUAAAGAAUUUAAAAGAUCCAGACAAUUCAACCUGUAAACUUUGUUGUUUAAUCAACAUGUGUUACAAACAACAGAAACAAUGAAAACGUUUGCAGUUCACAUCUUUUAUGUGAUACAUGUAAUACUGUGCCAGUAAAAUAUUUCAUAUGGAUAUAACAACAUAUUCUUAUAAUAAGAAGUUGUGGUUGGAUUUCAUAUCAUUUUGUGAAAUAUUCUUUUCAUUUAUAUAAGUACUAACUUGAAGAAAAAUAAUGAAAUAUUUUAACAAUUUGUUGGAUAAAUGAAUUCAGUUUGUUGGCUAUUUAUGAAUUUGUGAUACAUGUUUUUGUUGUUGUUUAGGUUGACUAAAAAGUAUUUCAACGUGAAAUCCAUUUUCAUAAUAUUCUUAUUUUCUAUGUUUCUGCAAGUCAAUACCAGCGAUGAGCCUUCUUAACAAAUUCUAUUUGAUCCACACUUAAUGCAGUUUUAGUUUUAACAGAUAUAUCCCUAAAAUGGUAUUGUUUUCAAAGACACGAUAAAUUGUUUAUUUAGGCAUUGAAAACUUGCAGAAUUAUGUUUGUUACUAUAGAAACAGUCAAUAUUAUUGUUUUUUUUCUUCUGGUUACUAGAUACUGUAUAAGUUAUGUUAAAAAUCGUUUUUGUUGUUACGUAUAAAUAAAAUUACAAAAAACAGA